AUGAGGCGGGCGCAGCUGCCCAUCCUCGUGGCCUCGCUCCUGCUGGUGUCACAUGCGGCUCUCGGAGUCAGGCCAGCGCCGGUCCUCGACGGCAGCGCCGAGAGCGGCUUGAGCCUGCGGCUGCGGCUGCUGCUCCUAGGGGAAGACCGUGCCGCCGCUGCCGCCGCUGCCGCCGCCUGGCCCCUCCCGCCCCCGCUGCCGGCUCCGGGGCCCGACGGGGUGGCCCUGCUGGUGCGUUCGCUGCCGCGCUCGGGCCCCGACGUGGAGCUGCUGCGCCGCCGCCUGGCCGAGCGCCUGAAGCGCCGCGACCCGCCGCUCUCCAUCGACCUGACUUUCCACCUCCUCCGUCAGAUGAUGGAGAUCUCCCGGGCGCAGAGUCAGCAAGCCCAGGCCGAGCAGAACCGCCUCCUCUUCGACUCAGUGGGCAAGUGA